AUGGGAGAAAAAUUGAAUUAUGGUAAAGAAAUGACACCAGAUGGUAUCACACUGCAGAAAGAAAGUCAGGAAGGAAUUCCACCCCCGACCCAGAGUCAGGAACCUCCGAAACCCCAGGAGAAUAUAUCACGACCUAUUCACCAUCCUUUAGUUUUAAAAACAGACUUUGAGGAAGAAGAGGGGGAAGGAGAUGAGCAAAAUGAUGCUUCUGGUUUAUGGACAAAGACUCCUGAAGAAAUAGAAGAAAAAAGAGCAAUAAAGGAGAUGUGUUAUAAAUCUGGUGAAUACUACAGAUUUCAUACUCCUCCGGAUAUUUCAUCAUCAAAAGGCAUAGUUCCUACAGUGGAAAAAGAGUUGGAAAAGCCUUUGGAAAAUGGCAGUGAAUUGCAAGAAGGGGAUGGUCUUACAGUUCCAACAAAAUUAAGCCUAUUUGAAAGACAAGGUGAGAUAAAAACGUCAUUGGAUAAGAAACCGAGAACUGACAUUGCUGCUUUUGAAAAUGGAGGAGGUGACUGUUACAUUCCACGAAGGAUCAUAUUUCUUAGAGUAGAUGAAAGUGAAGCUUUAAAAGAAGAGAAAGAAAUCACCGAGUCAAAAUGUUCGAAUACUAAAGAUAACAAGGACAGUCCUCAUCCAAAGUGUUCCCUAACUACCCGACUAGUAUCUGCAACACAUGUAUUAAAUGCUACUGAGAAUAUCAGUAUGAAGUGCAGAGGGGACUCCUUUUCAAUGAACAAUGUCCAGCCAGUGAGGAAGCCUCAUUUUAAAGGUGUGAAGAAAAGAAAAUGGAUUUAUGAUGAACCAAAGAACUUUCCUGGUCCUGGAAUGCGGAGAGCAGUACAGUCUUCAAAUCCCCAAAAUAAAGUGAGUUACCAUCGCAAUAAUAAAAACCGAAAUGCUGAAAAUGCAUCCUAUAUCCAUGUUCAGAGAAAUGCUGUCAGGACUGUCUCAUUGAAUGCACCUCCCCGCAGCAGACCCACAAAUGGAUUCUAUAAUAAAGCUGUUGUAAACAAGGAACCCAAACUCAACCUCUGUCCAGACAAAUAUACAUCCCCAUCAUAUAAUCCUUCAGCCUGGCGAAAAAGAAUUCCUUUUUCAAAAACAUAUUCAAAAACUGAAAAGAUAUAUACAGAGCCGAGAAGAAAUGGGAGUAAGUAAAGAAAUGGGAGUUGAGAGAAGAGAAAAAUUAGAAAAGAGAAAAGUGCCAGACAUCAUCUGAUUUACAAUCAAAAAUGAAAAUUCAAAGAAAGAGAUAUUCAAGUCCUCCAUACUACAUACUGGAUAGUCAAGAUGAUAAAAGUGCAAAUUCUGAAAAUAGGAUGCAGGAAGUACAUUGUGCUCUUUCAAAACUGAUAAAAAUGCAAAUUACAAACAGCUGCCUGUGUAUUUAUAUAGGUCUGUAAUUCAUUUGGUGCAUUACCACAAACAUUUAAUAAAAUUUAAAACUUUAACGA